AUGCUGCAGGCGGCAGACGAUUUGGAGCGCCGUCGCAACGGGAAGGGAGGCCUGGCUUGUCUGGCACCCCGGAUUGUCGACGGCCUUGACUGGCUGGCGACGGCUGCCGUGGCAGAAAGAAACAUAUGUACAAUGACCUGGAGCAUGGCUUGGCUUUUCCUGGCGCUGGCAGCCUGCAUGCAUUCCGCUGGUUUCGCAGUACGCGGCAGUCAUGUCGAAGUUGGAGCUGUCCUCGCCCAGCCGCUGGGCGAGCUGUACUUGUCGACCACGUACCCCCAGGGCGGUGUGGCGACUAACGACGCAUCCAAGUGGAUCAUACUUUCCAAGGACGGUUGGUACUGA